CCAGCUCCAGACCCACAGAUUCUCUUCACGAGCAGCCUGUGAGGAGGGUGGUGACAGAUCACUGCCUUCAGGCCAGCCCAUGGGGUACAAUAAGCAAGUAAACUCCUUACAAAGAAGAGCAAGAUGCUGUCGUAUUUACAGAAGGAGGUAUAACAGCUGGUCUGAACAAGUCAGGCCUGGUAUUCAUCCUUCAUCCCAGCAACAACAAGAUGGAGAUCAAGCAGAAAGUGAUGUUCACAAGGACACUGGAGUAAGAUAUGCUCCCUAUGCCCUUCCAUCCUGUCAUCGGAGAGGCAAUUUUCAGGAACAAGACGAAACCCCUGUUAACAAGGAGACAGAGCAAAAGCCUCCAGAGAGAAGAAUGGAGAGAAACAGGCAGGAUGAGACCUUGGGGAGCUGGUUCAAGAUCAGAGUUCCCUUCGGUAUUAAAUAUGAUGAGAAGUGGCUGCUGAAUUUGAUUCACAAGCAAUGCAGUGUCCCCUUCACCCCAGUCGAAUUUCACUAUGAGAAAAUGGAGGCCCAGUUCUUCGUUCAGAAUGCCAACAUUGCCUCCGCACUGAAGAAUGUCAACGGCAAGAUUUACAAUGAGGUUAAUGAAAGGAUAUCUAUCUUUGUUGAUCCCUGUGAUGCACCCCACUCUGUGCUGAAGGAGCUGAGGUCAGAAAAGGUGGAGCAGAUAAAGCUGCCCGUGAAGGAACGAUAUGAUGCCUCCCAGCAAUCUCGUGACAUCCAGGGAGUCCGCUCUGACCCUGGUAUGGCGACAGCAGCAAUUGUAGAGCAGCUUUUGGCCUUGGACCUGAGCGAUAAGAAACCCUACCAGCUGCACGGCCUGUCCAACACUAUGCCGAAUGCUUCCAACACCAAGAACUGGAACCUCUCCAACACUGAGGUGAAGUCUGCAGGGGAGAUGGACAAGGGUGAGCGGCUGGAGCCAGAAGGGAUGUGUGCAGAGAGAAAUCCCCUGUGCACCACCUUCCCUGAUAAGUCAACCAACAUAAGCUCCAUCCUGGAAUUGUUCCCCAAGUUACUAACCUUGGAUGGCCAGGAGACAUCCCCACAGGCUAAGUGUGGUAUUGAAGCCUGCAAGCACUUACCAAUCUGCAAGGGAAGCUACUUUGGAUCUGAUGAGCUGAAGAGCCUAGUCCUGCAAUUCCUGAAGCAAUACUACUUGAUCCAUGACUACGGAGACCGACAGGUUCUCGCAGGGGCUUAUCACGAGGAGGCCUGCUUCUCCCUGACCAUUCCCUUCCACCCCGAGGACCCAGCCCCAAGCAGCUUGUGCGAGUACUUCAAGGACAGCAGGAAUAUGAAGAAGCUCAAGGACCCCCACCUGCGGGUUCAGCUGCUGAAGCACACAAAACGUGUCAUUGUGCACACCCUCUGUGGGUUGCCCAAGACUCAGCAUGACUUCAGCUCCUUCCUGGUGGACAUUUGGUUCCAGACGGAAAUGAUGCUCUGCUUCUCCGUCAGCGGGGUGUUCGAGGAAGUGGAAGGAAGUUCUCAGGGCUGUGUGCUUGCCUUCACCCGGACCUUCAUCACUACCCCUGCCAGCUACUGCAGUCUAUGCAUUGUGAAAGACGAACUGUUUGUGAGGGACGCCAGCCCCAGUGAGACUCAGAGUGUGUUCUCCAUCCCAAUGCCUACACCCUCCUCCCUCUCCCAGGAGCAGCAGGAGAUGGUGCAGGCUUUCUCCACCCUGUCUGGGAUGAAACUCGAGUGGUCUCAGAAGUGCCUUCAGGACAACGAAUGGAACUGCACCAGAGCUGGUCAGGUCUGCAGUAUGCUCAAGACCGAGGACAAGAUCCCAGAGGAGGCCUUCAAAGAAAUCCCCUAAAAGGAGCCCUUGGAUGCCAUCCUUGUCUU